AGUUUUAAUUUACGAACCCCUUAGCUGCUUAAACAGCGAGACAAUGACAUCCAAACACGUGCCCCCUCUAUGAGCAGACACGACACGUGUCUGACAUGCCUGGCCUUACGAAACACGUAAGUCCUUCCCCACCCCCCUCAAAUGCAUCAUUAUAAAAAGAAGCUGUGCAAGUUCCCGAAGAAUCAUCCGAUUAUCUACACUACCAACCUACUUCAAUCAUAUCCUGCUCCAUCUAUCUGCUGCAAAGCCAAUAACCAAAGAAGCAAGCACAGCAAAAUGACUGGUGGUAUUGGAAUUCCAAUAUGCGUGCAGUGCGGAACGCACAGCAACCCAUGCCGGUGCAAGGUGGUUGGCCCUACCUUGGGGUUCCUGGCCUUCGCCGCGGCGGCGAUCGUGGAGUGGCCUGUGGGGGCUCUUGUCUACUGCUUCCGCCACAUGAAGGGUCGCCGAAUUAUGGCUCAUCCGGCCACCGUUGUUUACCCCAAAGUUACCAAUUCCAUUCCCAUUUGAUCCAUCAUCAUCUAUCUGCUGCUUUCUUGUAAUAGUAUCCAAUCCAUGGAACCAACUCUUGCAUGCUCUCUGUGUUCAUGUAAAAGCCCUACUUACUUGUUUCGUUAACUAGUGCUACUGCUCCUUUUGUCUGUUUUCCACCUC